GUGGCUGAGGCGAACAGAUCGCCCUUGAGUGAGCGCACGACUUUACUAAACUACUAAGAGCUACUAGAAGCACCACUGCAAGAGUUUGCAAUUAUCAAUAACCCACAACACAACCGAAGCACGAACAUACAUACAUAUUUGUGAUUAGCUCCAAGUGCAAUGUAAGAGCGAGCGUUGUGAUUGCAAGUAAAGCUGCGAAGAAAAUACAGAAAAUAAAUAAAUACAGAAAUUUGCUCAUAAGUAAACGUAAAAGUAUUUUUUAUUUUUUUUUUUGAACAAGCGUAUAGUUAUAAAAUAUUUACAAAUUAAUCUAUUACUUCACUGCUGUGCUGUAAUAUUUGUGGAUAUUGAAUAAGCUCAGUUCACGUGCAUGCAAACGGAGCGCUGUGAGAAUGGCAAAGCGAGCGAACGUUUUAUGGUUCCGUCAUGGGCUGCGCUUGCACGACAACCCGGCAUUGUUGGAGGCCAUCGCCGACAAGGAGGAGGGAAUCGCUCUGAUACCCAUUUUCAUUUUUGACGGCGAGAGCGCUGGCACCAAAACGGUUGGCUAUAAUCGAAUGCGUUUCCUGCUAAACUCUUUGGCCGAUAUUGAUAGUCAAUUGAAGGCCAUACCCAACAACGGUCAUGGUCUUGGCAAGCUAUAUUUGUUUCAGGGCAAUCCAGCGAAGAUAUUUCGACGCCUGAAUGAACAAUAUCAAUUAAAUAAAAUUUGUUUCGAGCAAGAUUGUGAGCCGAUUUGGAAUCGACGUGAUGAUUCGGUGCGAGCAUUGUGUCAUGAAUUGGGUAUAGAAGCGGUAGAGAAAGUUUCACAUACACUUUGGGAUCCACGCACUGUUAUUAGUACCAAUGGUGGAAUUCCGCCAUUAACUUAUCAGAUGUUCUUGCAUACCGUUGAAAUAAUUGGACCGCCACCGCGACCAGUUGAAGAUCCGGAUUGGGAGGGUGUUGAGUUUUUACAGCUGGAAGAAAGCAUGCUUUCGAAAUUGAAUGCAUUUCGAAAUAUACCAUCGCCGGAGGACUUCGAUAUUGUUCCGGAGAACAUAUGUUAUGUUGCCAAAGUGAACUGGCAAGGCGGAGAGAGACAAGCGUUAUUGCAUCUUGCUGAGCGUCUGAAAGUUGAAGAACGCGCAUUUAAAGGCGGUUACUAUCUACCAAAUCAGGCAAAUCCAAACAUAGUCGAAUCUCCAAAGUCAAUGAGCGCUCAUCUACGAUUUGGCUGCCUGUCGGUUCGACGUUUUUACUGGAGCGUACAUGAUCUCUUCAAAAACGUACAAAUUGAAGCCUUCUAUCAUCACAUUCAAAUGGCCGGAGGAGAACACAUUACUGGUCAGCUCAUUUGGCGUGAAUACUUUUAUACUAUGUCCGUAAAUAAUCCCUUUUAUGAUCGCAUGGAGGAGAAUCCCAUCUGUUUGAACAUUCCAUGGGCCGAACCCAAUUCUGAACAUUUGGAACGUUGGCGUAGUGGUCAUACAGGGUUUCCCAUAAUUGAUAGCGCUAUGCGUCAAUUGUUGGCCGAAGGUUGGUUACAUCAUACGCUCCGUAAUACGGUGGCAAUGUUUCUGACACGCGGCGCUCUUUGGCAAAGUUGGGAACACGGCUUGCAACAUUUUCUCAAAUACCUUUUGGACGCUGAUUGGUCGGUUUGCGCUGGAAAUUGGAUGUGGGUGUCAUCAUCUGCAUUUGAACGUUUAUUGGACACUUCAUUAGUCUCUUGUCCAAUAGCAUUUUCGAAACGUCUCGAUCCUAAGGGUGAAUAUAUACGUCAGUAUGUGCCCGAGUUGGCAAAUGUACCGCAGGAGUAUAUUCACGAACCAUGGCGCAUGUCGCAAGAACUUCAGGAGCAAUGUGAAUGUGUUAUUGGAGUGCAGUAUCCCGAGCGCAUCGUUGACUUGGCGAAGGUAUCCAAACGUAAUACACUCGCUAUGAAGGCACUAAAGCAAGCCUUAAUUGCCGACGGCGCACCCGCUGAAGGACCACCACAUUGUCGUCCAUCCAAUGCAGAAGAAGUCCAUCAGUUUUUCUGGUUAGUUGAUUGAGUGGUAAAACUCUUCACUAAAUCAGAAUAUUUGCAAAAGUUUUUAACGGCUUUAAAAUAUAUUAUUUAUAGAUGCUAUUCGUAUGUAAUCGGACUCUGUAGAUUCCAACCGUAUUCGAUGAGAAAGUAAAAUUUAUAAAUGUUUAAUAUAUGAAUGUACUACUAUAUGUUAAAAACGCA